UGAGCAACGGAGCGUAGACCCGGAAAGAAGGCCCGGAUCCAAACCCAUAAAAAAUGAGGAAUCAUUCCCGUACGAUGCUGAAUCAGCGAAUCCAUCUUCCUACCAAGUUUUCAAUUCGUCAAAACUACUUGGGACUUCAAAAUUUGUAAGUAAACGUAUGCCGAAACCAGUUUAUUGAUUUGAAACUCCACUCAAUUUCGAAAUUGGAGGAGGAGGAGGAGGAAGAAGGAAACCACUAUGGCGGGACAUACCCACAAGGGAUCCUUACUGCAAUUCGCACCUAUGCAGAGCUUGGUCGAUGAAGGCUUCUGGCACAGAUUGUCUUCUUUAAAGCUCAACAAGCUUGGCAUUGAUGAUUCUCCAAUUCCAAUUAAGGGAUUCUACGCGCCUUGCUCACAUUCUCAAAUAUCAAAUCGCUUAACUCUUCUAGCUGAGUCCUUACCUUCCGAAUCAAGUGAGUCAUUAUUGGCCCCAGAUACUAGCAGUGGCAACAGGAAUAGGUGCUCUGUUCCAGGCAUACUUUACAAUACUAAUACUUGGGAAAGUUUCCAUGCACUUGACAAACAAGGCCUCUUGAAGCAAGAAGCAAGAAAGAUCUGGGAGGACAUUCAAACUGGAAAAGCUAUGGAGGACUCUGCAGUACUGUCACGAUUCCUUCUUAUUUCUUUUGCUGACUUGAAAAAAUGGAUCUUCCACUACUGGUUUGCAUUUCCUGCUCUUAUGCUUGAUCCUCCUGCAACUGUCAACUAUCUAAAGCCAGCUUCUCAGUGGUUGAGCAAAGAAGAGGUAGAAUCCCUCUCUGCAGCUUGUAAUGAGUGGCGUAACUCAAGGUCAACAGCAGAUGUUCCAUUCUUUUUUAUCACCAUAGAUCCAAACUCUUGUGCUACUGUCAAGCACCUAAAGGAUUGGGAGACUUGCCAGAGUGAUGCUUACAAGACCCUCUUUGGUUUUUAUGACCCAUGUCAUCUUCCAAAUAACCCUGGCUGGCCUCUACGCAACUUCUUAGCACUUCUUUCUGCAAAGUGGAAUCUUAAGAGAGUUCAGUUUUUCUGCUACAGAGAGAACCGUGGUUUUGCAGAUAUGGACUUGUCCCUUGUUGGUGAAGCAUUGAUUAAAGAUUCCCAAGGGGUGAGUGAUAGUCUGCCUAAUGCAGUUGGAUGGGAACUUAACAAAGGGAAAAAAAUACCAAGACGUAUUAGCCUCUCUCAAUCUUUGGAUCCAACCAGGUUGGCAAUAUCUGCUGCAGAUUUGAAUUUAAAGCUUAUGAGAUGGCGUGCUUUGCCUUCAUUAAACUUGAGUUCCUUAUCUUCUCUCAAGUGUCUUCUUCUUGGAGCAGGUACACUUGGAUGCCAGGUUGCUCGCAUGCUUAUGGCAUGGGGUGUCAGAAAAAUUACACUACUAGACAAUGGGAGGGUGGCUAUGUCUAACCCAUUGAGGCAAUCCCUGUAUAAUUUGGAUGAUUGUCUUAAUGGUGGUGAAUUCAAAGCUACAGCGGCUGUUAGAAGUCUUCAGCGGAUCUUUCCAGCAGUGGAAGCUGAAGGUGUUGUAAUGGCAAUACCAAUGCCUGGGCAUCCAGUACCUUCCCAAGAAGAGGAUAGUGUACUUGAAGAUUGUAGACGCCUGUCUGAUUUGAUCGGUGCACAUGAUGCAGUUUUCUUAUUGACGGAUACUAGGGAAAGUCGAUGGCUUCCAUCACUUCUCUGUGCUAAUACUAACAAGAUUGCAAUUACUGCAGCUCUAGGGUUUGAUAGUUUCUUGGUCAUGCGCCAUGGAGCUGGCCCUCUCAGCCAAGGCCCUGACCUAAGUACCGAAACUGCAAAUUCUUUAUGUGAUGAUGUGCAUAAGCUUAAUGUAAACAAUGCAACAGGGAAGGGAAGAUUGGGCUGUUAUUUCUGCAAUGAUGUUGUUGCACCAACUGAUUCAACCUCAAACCGCACUUUGGAUCAGCAGUGCACGGUGACUCGUCCAGGGCUUGCUCCUAUCGCUUCAUCCCUUGCAGUUGAACUUUUAGUAGGGAUUUUACAUCACCCUCAAGGGAUAUAUGCAGAAGGUGAAAUUAACUCCAGUGUCAGUGGAACUACGGAGCAACCUCUUGGUAUUUUACCACAUCAGAUUCGGGGUUCCCUUGCUCAAUUUUCUCAAAUGACUCUUGUUGGUUACUCAUCCUCCAGUUGUACAGCUUGUUGCCAGACCGUUGUAUCUGAAUAUCGGAACAGAGGAAUGGAGUUCAUACUUGAAGCAAUUAAUCAUCCUACCUAUCUAGAGGAUCUCACUGGACUAACAGAUUUGAUGAAAUCAGCUACCCUAUUCUCAUUGGACUGGGACAAAGAGAUGGACGACGACGACGACGAUGACUGUGUUGAAAUUUAACAAUCAGCUAGACUUCUGUACUGCUUUUGCUAACAAACAUUGCCAAUUUGCACGAAAAGCUAAUUUAAAUAACUCAUCCUCAUCUUACCAGCUGCAUUGGCUACUGUACCUUUCAAUUGUACAAAACUAAUUUUCAUGUAAUUUAAAUUAUUUCAUAAUUUUCGCUAAUGAUGCA